UCCUACUGACUUCCUGUAAUUCUAUCCUUUGGAUAAAAAUAUUAGUGGUUUAACUCCUCUGGAGAACGUUUUGGCAAAUAGAUUCAAAUAGUUAAAUAGUUUGCCUAGUGUAGCCAGAGAGAAAAAUACUGUUUAAACUCGAAAUGCUAGUGGAUUGUUGUUCUUAAGUUACUCACUCAUGCAAAUGGGAGAAGUUAUAAUUGAAACAAGGUUGGCCGUGUUUGAGGCAGAGGGCUGCAGCUGAGCUCAGCUUAAAGGUCGCUGGAAUUCAAGUGCUUUGUAAGUGAAGGCAUUUUGACUACUAGCAAUUCAAGACUUUUUUCAAGCUCCUAGGCUCUUAAAUGAGUUGUUUGCUUCUUUAUAGGAUGGCUAUUAUCUGCUAUUUUAUUUAGGAUAAAAGCUACAAUUUAAAAGUUCUUUUAAAAAGACUACAAAUAAUUUUGUCUUCAAAUAUGGUACAGCUGCUUCCAGCCUGUCUUUAGGCAGAGAUCUUUGUUAUGACUUUCACAUGCUAACAUGUUUAGAAAUGAGAACAAAUGGCACAAAUGUUACAAUUGCAUGUUGCAGCCAGAAGAAGAAAUACUUGCCUGCUUUUGGAAACUUCUGGAGAUGAAUUGAAUAAUAGUGCUCACAUGUCCUUCAAAAGAUCAACAGAAAUUUCAGCAUCUAGCAUUAUUCAUAUGAAGCUGACUCCCAGACUACCUCCUCAAACACAAGAAAAGAGUAAGCCUCAAGAAAGACCAACUGAGCCUUCAUCUCAAAAUAUUAGCAAAAAGAGCACCUUUCUACGGAUUUCACUGCAGCCUACAAGGAAUAAUAGAUAUCUAAAGUCUGGCAACGUAACUGGUGAAGAUGCAACAUCUACCUGUGUCUUAAAGGAAGGAAUUUAUAGUGGAGCCACAGAGGAUAAUAAAUUGAGUACUAUAAAUGAUGUGAACAAGUCAAACAUCUCUUCUACCAGUGACAGCCCAUGCAGUAUUUUAACCAGAAAUAAUGGAUCUUUUAGCAGCAGUUGUAGUAGUGAUUAUGGAUCACAUAGACUUACAAGUAUUGGUUCACACAGUAACAGUUGUACUUUUCCUCCAAGCAAUGUUUCUUUCUUCUAUGGGAAUUUAUCCCAUGAAGACACAACCAAGAAAAGUUCGACAAAUAUUAAUACUAUCCCAUGUAAAGUUAUUUCAACAAAUAGAAGUAUAAUUCCUUUUAAUCAGGAUGGCUUGAAGCAAAGAUUAGAGAUGAUGAAUUUGCCAGAGAGAAAGAAAUCUAAAAUUCCACUAAAACGUUGUUCAUCUUUGUUAAUUUUCCCCAGGAGCCCUUCUGGUAUCUCACCAGCUUCUCCAACAAGUGCAGGUAUUUUGCCAACGAAAGAAUCCUGUCAAACUUCACACCAAUUCAUUAUUUCUCCUAGUGAGCUUGCAGAAAUUGAAGAUGGUGCUUCUUCUAAAGGAUUUCUUUCUACAGCAGUCAGUGGACUUCGGCUGUCUAAAUCUAUUUGUGCUCCAGGGGAAAUUAGACACAUCAGACCACUUCAUGUGAAAGGUUCAUUUGAGGAAAAUAUUUUUGCCUCAAAUAAUAGUUGUAAUCAGUUGGUUUGUGAAAAAUUAUCUGACAGCUGUUCUUGUGUUUCACUGCAUUUCAGCCAGCAAAGAACAUCUUUAUCAAAGAGUGAAAUAGCAAAUGGUUGCACUAAACCAGAAAUGUCUGCGGUGGAGUUUAAACUGAAUUCUAAUCCAAAGUAUAUCAAGCUAAUCCGUAGUACAUCUGCAUAUCUGCCAUCUCCCUCAAAUGUGGACUGUCAGAUAAAUAUUGAUGGAGAAUUGGAAAGAUUAAAUUCACAGAAAAGCAAAGCUCAUCACACGUUACAAAGAAGUAUUUCAUUGGAAGGAACUUAUCCAAAUCUUUCUUGUUGUUUAUCCAGCCUUAAGCACAGUUGUUCCAUGGCAAGGCCAUCUCAAUUACAUGUUGAAUUCACAUCUGGAAAUGAAGGCAAAGUUAGUAAUUUUACAAAAGAAAGCAAGAACUGUGUCAAAAGAGAAUUGUCUAAUACUUUGAAACACUGUUGUAAGAUGGAAAAUCCAAAUAUGGAAAGACCAUACACAUGUAAGGAUUUUGUUCUUCAUUCAAGAAGUCACAAAUCAAAAGUUAAAGGUUACGUUAGAUUAAAAAUGACUUAUGUACCUAAAGCCAAUGGAUCUGAGAAUGAAAACGCAAAUCAGGCUGAAGAACUAGAGGUGCCUGGCUGGAUUAUUGUGGACCAACAAGAUACUGCUUAUCAUAUACAGCAGCAACAGGAAUAUUCUCCUCUGCCUCCAGGCUGGGGAGAAAGGCAAGAUGUCCUUGGAAGGACUUCUUAUGUAAACCAUGAGUCGAGAAGAAUUCAGUGGAGCAGACCUACCUCUCAGGACAACAUAGCAGAUGCUGAGAAUGCUAACAGUCACCAGCGAGGGCAGCAUGCAUUUACUACAAGAAGGCAGAUAUCUGAAGAAAUAGAACAACCUGAAAACAGAGAUGCUACAGAGAUCCACUUCACAAGAAGAGAGACUCUGAAAAGUUUUGAGGAGGAGCCUGCACUUCCUAUAUUUUUUCCUACUUCAUCUGGAUUACCACCAGGCUGGGAAGAAAAACAAGAUGAUAAAGGAAGAUCAUAUUACAUAGAUCACAAUUCCAGAACUACAACAUGGAUGAAACCUAUUAUACAGGCACCCAUAGAGAACAUUCAGUUAUCAUCGCACCAAAGUUCUACAUCAGCUCAACAACACAUAACUACAAGUGAUUCAUCACAACCCUUCUUGAAUCAACAAUCUGAAUUUGAGCAGAGAUUUCUUCCUAAAGGUUGGGAAAUUCGACAUGCACCAAAUAGGAGACCUUUCUUCAUUGACCACAAUACCAAAACUACCACCUGGGAAUAUCCAAGAUUGAAAAUUCCAACUCAUCUAAGAAGAAAGGCAUCCCUUGAAUCUACUGAACUAGAGCCUUUACCUCCAGGAUGGGAAGAGAGAAUUCACACAGAUGGAAGAAUCUUCUAUAUAAAUCAUAAUAUAAAAAGAACACAGUGGGAAGACCCUCGAUUGCAAAAUAUAGCAACAACCAAACCAGCUGUCCCAUAUUCUAGAGAUUACAAACGAAAAUAUGAAUUCUUCAGAAAGAAAAUGAAGAAGCAGAAUGACAUUCCAAAUCGAUUUGAAAUGAAACUUCAGCGCAAUACAGUUCUUGAAGAUUCUUACAGAAGAAUUACAACUGUGAAGAAAUCAGACUUCCUCAAAGCUAGACUAUGGAUUGAGUUUGAUGGUGAAAAAGGAUUAGAUUAUGGAGGAGUAGCCAGAGAAUGGUUCUUCCUAAUAUCAAAAGAAAUGUUUAAUCCUUAUUAUGGGUUAUUUGAAUAUUCUGCUACGGAUAACUAUACCUUACAGAUAAAUCCAAAUUCUGGAUUGUGUAAUGAAGAUCACCUUUCCUACUUCAAGUUUAUAGGUCGGGUAGCUGGAAUGGCAGUUUAUCAUGGCAAACUUUUAGAUGGUUUUUUCAUUCGUCCAUUUUACAAAAUGAUGUUGCAUAAGCCAAUAACACUUCAUGAUAUGGAAUCAGUGGACAGUGAAUAUUAUAAUUCACUCAAAUGGAUUCUUGAGAAUGAUCCAGCAGAAUUGGACCUGAGAUUUAGUGUUGAUGAAGAACUCUUUGGACAGACUUAUCAACAUGAAUUAAAAAAUGGUGGAUCUGAAAUAGUUGUCACCAAUAAAAACAAAAAAGAAUACAUUCAUCUUGUCAUACAAUGGCGAUUUGUAAACCGAAUCCAGAAGCAAAUGUCUGCUUUUAAAGAGGGUUUUUUUGAACUUAUACCACAAAAUCUCAUCAAGAUUUUUGAUGAAAAUGAACUAGAGUUACUUAUGUGUGGACUAGGAGAUAUAGAUGUGAAUGACUGGAGGGAACACACAAAAUACAAAAAUGGCUACAGUGUAAAUCAUCAAGUUAUCCAGUGGUUCUGGAAGGCUGUUUUAAUGAUGGAUUCAGAGAAAAGAAUAAGAUUGCUUCAGUUUGUUACUGGCACAUCCCGUGUACCUAUGAAUGGAUUUGCUGAACUAUAUGGUUCAAAUGGACCACAGUUUUUUACAGUUGAACAAUGGGGUACCUCUGAAAAAUUGCCAAGAGCACAUACCUGCUUUAAUCGUUUGGAUUUGCCUCCAUAUGAAUCAUUUGAAGAUUUAUGGGACAAACUUCAAAUAGCAAUUGAAAACACUCAGGGUUUUGAUGGUGUUGAUUAGAAUAUAAAUAAUGAUAUUCUAAAUUGUUUUAGUGCUACAAUUUUUAAAAUUAAAUCUUGGUUAAAAUUUUCCAGGGAACUACUUCAAACUUGGCUAUUAACUUCAUAAAUAUUGAAUAAACUGUGUAAAAAUACAAGAUAUAAAUAUUAAAAGUUUUAUGGUGAAAGUGACAUCGCUUUUAAAGUAAUCUAACAGCACUCUGGUAUGAAUAUCUUUAUUCAUAUCUUAAAGAUAAGGAAAAAAUUUUAGAGGUCUGAUUAUAGGAUCUUAAUCCUCUGUGCCUAAAAUAGUUUCCCCCCUAACAAUUACCUCUUUUACAGUAGUCUUCAGGCAGUUCUUAGACUACUGAAAUUGUAACUGUUUAAACAUUUAUGUAAAGAGUGUCAAGAGCAAAGAGGUAGAUGCAUUCUAAGAAGGAAAACGGAAAAUGAAAACUUAAAUAUUAAGAAUUUUGCAACAUUUUCAGUGCUACUUCUAGCUACUUAUUAUUAUUAAGGAGUCUUUGCCUACAGCACCUUACAAUUCAACAUAUCUGAAAAACUUUAGAAAACAUUGCCUAUAAUUUGUAGUUCUAUGGUAGACCAAAAAACUUUUUACUUAUUCAUCUUAAAAGCUCUUUCAGAAUCUGUUUUUAACUUUUUAGUAAUAUAGUUCAAUCAAAAAUAGUAUUUUUGUAAGUUAGCAUGUAAAUUUAAGAUUCACAACUGCAUCAAAUGAAAAUAUGAAAUUUUUGUCCUUAUUGGUUAUCUCAAUAGGCAAAACAAGAUUAUUGAAUUUUGUAAUUGCUAAUUAUAAAGAAAAACUGAAAAUCAUUCCGUGGAAAGAUUAAUAAAGCCAUGUUUUCCAUGUGUUCCCUGGAAAACUUAAGUGAUAUUUGUUUCCCUAUUCACUAUUUACUCUUUUACCUCAUACCAUGUUGUAGAAAAUACAUGUUUACAGUUUCUUUAUGUUUACAGAUUAAUUACAGAUUACUUCUAUCAUUUCAUUUUUAUUUUUUUGUUUCUUUGUGUUAGUUUAGAAACCAAUUAUUUGUUAAAGUACUAUAUAACCAAAGCAUAUUCAAGAAUAUAUGAUUUGUUUUAGAUAUAUUAUUUACCAGAUUUCUUAUGCUUUUUAAAAAAACCUAUCAAAAUAUUCUCUUAUUAUUUUAAAAAAUCUUUUUAUAAGCAGAAUCUUACUUUAAUGAACCUGAAGAGACAUAAUGAACUUAAUAAUUUAAUUAUCCAAAAUGUUUUUUAACCUUCUUUUAUGUGCCAAGAACUCAAGAGCUGUGGGAUCAGAGAAAAUAAACACAUUCUCUGUGGAGGAAGUUUUGUCUGUAUCUGUUCCUUAUGUCAAAGUUGUGUUUGAGUGAACUCAUGUGUAAAAUGAUCUUGAAAAAUUUCAGUAUAUUUUUCAAAAUGUUAAGUUGAUGAUUUUUGAAAGAUGCUAUCAACAGAAGUCAGCAUUUGAUUUUUCUGAGCUUCUUCCUAUUGGCUCAAGGGAAUAGGUAAGGGGGUAAAACUUCAGUAGGCCACUCAGCUCAUGAAAGAGAUGUUCAAGACUUAGAGAGUUGCAAACAUACUAUCAAACCCCCACCCCACCCCACCCCCGUUUAUUUUGAGAGUACUCUGUCCUCUUAGUCAUCAGGCAUCAGUCAUUCACAAAGCACUGAAGUUGCUCCCCUUGUUCCACUCCUCUCUUACCAGUCCAGAAAUCAAGGGCUAGGAAGCCCUCAUUACCAUGCUCUGCACACUUAUAUAUUCAAUACUAGAGCACCAAAAGCAAAAGAUUUCAUAAAUUAAACCAGUUGCCGAAUGGACAGGCUGUUGUGAACACAUAUAGUAUGUGACUUAUCAAGUCAUUUUAUAUACAUAUCAGCAAAGAAGCAUAAGUAUGGGCUGUCUGCCAGCCAGCUCAUGGAGUAGUUUCAUUAGAAAGACCUGAAUAAAUGUUAUUACCAUUUUCAUUAAAAUUGCAUUCUUCUUACAUUUGGGAUCAUAAUUUAAAGGUAAAUCUUGUAAAAUUUUGGCUGUCAAAAACUGAUCCUAAAAAAAAAAAAAGAAAGAAAGUUUACUGAACAGAAUUUACUUAAAAAUGCCUUCAACUCGGUUUAUAGAGCAUGGUGUUAAUGAGGUUACAGUGACAGGUUUGUAGUGCUUAAAAGGAAUUAACUCCCUGCAGACGACUGUGUUCCAUGAUCACAUAUCACACUUUAACCCUAGGUAAAGAUCUCAAGGUACAUGUUAUUUGAUCAGUAAAAAUUGUAGGUUAUUUAUAGCCCAUCACCUCUAAAAGAAAAAUUGGAAAAUAUUCAUCCUUCUGACACUGGGUGAAUAGGAUGGUCUUUAUAUAUUUUUUCCCAAUAAUUUAAAGAACAGAAUAUUAAACUGUAUUUCCCUGUAUUUUCUCUAUAAAGAUUCUCCAAACCGUUUAUACUUAAUUGUAAAUGACUCUUGUAUUUUAGGCUACUGGCAUAAUAACAAUUCAUGUGAAUAUUACAAAAAUAAAUAUAAUAAUUUCCA